AUGGCCGAUUACGUCCUUUUCGAGGGCCCAAUGGGCUACUCGCUUUUUAAGGUUGUUCAUCAAGCCGAUACAGUCGGGAACAAAUUGAAGGAAGUACAGGAGAAUUUGAAGGACCUUUCAAAAUUCGGAAAGAUGGUUGAAUUGACAAGUUUCCUGCCUUUUGAAAACAACAAGCAGGCUCUUGGAGAAAUCAAUGACAUUUCUGAAGGAGUUGCCUCGGAGACCCUUGUCUCAUUUUUGGAUCUGAACUUGCCAAAGCCCAACAAGAAGAAAAAGGUCGUGUUGGGUGUCUCGGAUAAAGCGCUCGCUGGAAGCAUCAAGGCGGCAUUCCCGUUCGUGGACUGCGAAACUGGAGACACAAGUGACGUUGUUCAGGAUAUGCUACGAGGCAUUCGAACGCAUGCAGGCAAACUUCUUAAACAACUUCGUGAAGGCGAUCUCAAUACUGCCCAGCUAGGUCUUGGUCAUGCGUACUCACGGGCCAAGGUCAAGUUCUCAGUGCAGCGCGAUGACAACCACAUCAUUCAGGCCAUCGCUAUCCUCGACCAACUAGAUAAGGCAAUCAACACCUUUUCGAUGAGAGCUAGAGAGUGGUACUCAUGGCAUUUCCCCGAACUUAUCAGAAUUGUGUCUGACAACCAGCGCUACGCCCGCGUUUUGCUGUUUGUUAAGAGCAGGAAGGAUCUGACGGAGGAUAAACUGCAUGAUCUGGCGGCGAUUGUUGACGAUGAUGAGGGUAUCGCCAGGAGCAUUAUUGAUGCGGCCAAGCACAGUAUGGGUCAAGAUAUCUCCCCCGCCGACAUGGAGAAUGUGGUUGCUUUCGCGGAGCGCGUUGUGAGCUUAUCGACUUACCGCAAAAACCUCCACGCUUACUUGGUCUCGAAGAUGAGCGUAGUGGCGCCCAAUUUGGCCGCACUAAUUGGCGAAAUCGUUGGUGCGCGGUUGAUUUCGCAUGCGGGAAGCUUGACCAAUCUCUCCAAAUACCCUGCCUCCACUGUCCAGAUUCUUGGUGCGGAAAAGGCUCUUUUCAGAGCUUUAAAGACCAAAGGAAACACACCCAAGUAUGGAUUGCUUUACCAUUCAUCUUUCAUCGGACGGGCCGGACCCAAGAACAAGGGCAGAAUCUCCCGAUUCUUAGCCAACAAGUGUUCAAUCGCAUCCAGAAUUGAUAAUUUCUCUGAAACUCCGUCCACCAAGUUUGGUAAUGCGCUGAAGCAGCAAGUUGAGGAACGGCUUGAAUUUUACGCUACUGGAGCUGCGCCAACGAAGAAUGAGGUUGCAAUGAAAAAUGCGAUGGACUCUGUCUUGGCAGACAUUGAGGUUGAUGGAGUGGAUAGUGACGUGGAGAUGCAAGAUGCGGGUGAAGCGGUGGAAAAGAAGGAAAAGAAGAGCAAAAAGGAGAAGAAGGAAAAGAAAGAGAAGGAGGAGAAGAAAGUGAAGAAGGACAAGAAAGACAAAAAGGAUAAGAAGUCUAGAAAAUCUGAUGCUGCGGCAGAGGAGGAGACUCCAAAGAAGAAGAGAAAGCGGGAUAGUGAAGCGGGAUCCUCCAAGAAGUCGAAAGCGUGA